AUGCUAAAGACGAGGGGCUUGCAGUCAGUUUGUGCAUCAUGCCGGCUAAAUAUCGCAAUUUCACGAGCGCGUAGCGCAAGAUUGCCAGCCCAGACACGACCCGCGCCGCGACAACUACCUUUGUUCGCCUCCAAAUUUACAACGCCACAACGAGCAUUCUCCACGACACUCGGAAGGAGACAAUUAGAGCAAGGCCAUGCGACAAGUACGGAAGAUGAGCCUCCUUCUGCGACCGAAGCGGUGAAUUACGAAGUCAACGUGCGGAGGGCGAGGCAGCAAUUCGGUGAUACGUUACCGCGCGACCACCUGAGCGAAGAGGAAUACACAAUAUACAAGAGACUGUACGGCCCAGCAAUUUUCGUGGAUCCUGCCGCAGACAUAGAAGAACUUGGGGAUAUAGCCGAGGAGGAGAUUAUUGAGCAAGAACGACCUGAUGGUUCUACUGUCUUGUUGAGGAAGGGAAAGGAUGGCGGGCUGGAAGAGAUUGAGGUCGUCGAAGAAGUCGAGGCUGACGAGGAUAAUGCUCCUGAAGAAGCUGAGCUGGACAAAGAAACCAUGACACCAGAAGAAUGGGAGGCGCGCAGAGAGAACGAGGCACAGGCGUAUCACGACGAAAUCUACGAGCAAAGUCGGCUGCAGCAAGAGGAAGCAGAGGCUUGGGAAGACAUGGAAGAAGAGCAAGAGGAAGAUAAUUUCAUGCGUGCGCAUCCACUGACCAUCGCCGGUCGCUUCAAGCCAUCGCCCUCGACCGUCUUCCUGCCCAAAGAAACUCUCGUCGAUCCUACAGCGCUGCUUCUGACACGCGCGAAUCACAAACACCUCGCCGAAUCUGCGAAUCGCAUCUUUGGCGGUCGCGGUCUGCCUUACUCAGCCAGUACAACUCCUGCACGCUUGGGCAAUGAACAAAAGCCAAUUCCACUGGACCCAUCGCAAUCGGAAAUGGGCAACAUCGAAGCUGAUGUAUACAUGGCUUCCGUACAGCCAGGCACAUACGCAAGCGUAAUGAGCGCCAUGGUCGAAGUUCGCAGGCGACUGGGGACAGGAUGGCUCGAACACAUGCUACAAAACAAGAAAGGUGGCACUAUACUAGACGCUGGUUCUGGAGGCGUCGGUGUACUUGCCUGGCACGAGAUGCUAGAGGCGGAAUGGCAACGCAUGCACGAAGAAUCAGGAAACACGUCGCAUGGUGCUACUCCGUUGGGAAAGGCGACUGUUUUGACUGCAUCUGACACGCUCCGUCACCGCGCAAGCAAACUGCUGGACAACACUACGUUUAUUCCGCGACUACCAGAAACGGUGACAGCGGCCGACGAGGGUAACACGCAGCAACCGCGCAAGUACUAUGAUGUCAUCAUCGCACCACACACGCUCUGGUCUAUCAGGCAAGAUUAUCUGCGCAGGGAACAAGUUGAGAAAUACUGGUCCCUGUUAAACCCCAAGGGUGGUGUUCUCAUUCUCAUCGAGAAGGGUCUCCCACGAGGAUUUGAAGUCGUAGCCGCCGCCCGUUCAUACCUUCUGAACAAGCACAUCUCCUCUCCUGGCUCAGAAACUCUCGAGACGCUACUUGACUCUCAGGUCUCAAAACCCGAUCAAGACACCAGGUUCACUGAGAAAGAGACGGGAAUGAUUGUUGCGCCAUGCACCAACCACAAUUCAUGCCCCAUGUACCAGUCCACAGGUGUCAGCCAAGGUAGGAAAGACUUUUGUUUCUUCAGUCAGCGCUAUAUUCGACCUCCGUACCUCCAACGCAUCUUGAAUGCAAAGGACAAGAACCACGAGGAUGUGCAGUUCAGCUACCUGGCUGUUCAGCGUGGACGUGAUCAACGCCUUCCACAACACGACGUCCUCGGCAAAGGAUUCGUGCAAGGCGAAGCCUCUACCGCUGCCGCAUUUGAGGGACACGAGUGGCGCGCACGGUCGAACCCAGAAACCGAAGAGCCCGUCAUGACCUCGACCGCCGAUGUGAAUCCACUCACCCUACCGCGUCUGGUUCUCCCUGCGCUGAAGCGACGAGGUCACAUCAUUCUAGACGUCUGCACACCAGCUGGUAUGCUUGAGCGCUGGACUGUUCCCCGAUCCUUUAGCAAACAAGCCUACCGUGACGCGCGAAAAGUCCGCUGGGGUGACCUCUGGGCUCUCGGCGCAAAAACACGCAUUCCACGCAACGUUCGUCUAGGCCGACCUACCGACGAGUUCGACAAGAAGGGCAGAAAGGUCAAGAAGGCAAAGCAAGUCACCAUCGAAAUCGGUGUUGGCGAGAGAGACGGAAGGACUGUGGAGGAAGGUCCUGCAAGGGUGCUUGGCCAGGGCGGAAGGAUGUUGGUUGGUGAUCGCGAUGGACGGUAUACUGCGGAUCGCAAGAUUCGGGGUAGCAAGGGAAGAAAGGGGAGGAAGAAGAGGGUUGAUCAUGAUGGUUAUGACUUGGACGACAUGUAA